ACAUGCUGAAUAAAAAUUCUGAAACCAUGGACUCAGUCGUAAAAUACCGCCCUGAUAUCCGCUAAAUUUAGCCUUCCAAACGUCUCUCACUAGAAGAAAAACAAGACAUUCUUGAAUAAGAGAAAAUAUUGCAGUGGCAGGGGCACCAAUAAUGUCUGACGAUCCUCCUGCCAAACGGAUGCGGCUUGGAGGAGAUGGCUUGGUGGAGCUGACCAAGGAGGAACUGAUAGCUGAGCACAAGAAGCAGGAGUCGGACAUCGCUACUUUACUCAGCAAACUUGAUGGCAGUGCCUGCGGCAGUGGAGGUCAGAGCGAGCUUGAGGAACGACUGAAGCAGCAGCAAGCCGAGGCAAGCCGCAAGGAGAAGGUGCUCCUGAUGCAGCUGACCAGGAAGGAGCAAGAACUUCAGGAGAUAGCUACUCAGCUGGGCGAGACCACCAAGGGCAGCGCCCCGAGUGCUGCCCAGCUGCGCUCCUUCCUCCUGGACCCCGCCCUGAACAUCCUGUUCCAGCGGAUGCGUCAGCAGCUGGAUGAGAAGACCAAGAAGCUCCAGCAAGCCACGGACGACAUGGCCGCCUGGAAGUUCACUCCGGACAGUCAAACGGGCAAGCGUCUGAUGUCCAAAUGCCGCACGUUGAUCCAGGAAAACCAGGAGCUGGGCAAGCAGGUGUCCACGGGGCGCACCGCCCAGCUGGAGGCAGAGUUGGCCCUGCAGAAGAAGUACAGCGAGGAGCUGAAGGCCAGCCAGGAUGAGCUGAAUGAAUUUGUGAUCCAACUGGAUGAAGAGGUUGAGGGUAUGCAAAGCACCAUCUGCGCCCUUCAACAGCAGCUGAAAGAAGCGAAAGAAGAAAUAGCCGCACUCAGGGCCAAAGCAAAACAGACUGAGCCACUGACGCCAGAGCAGCCGGCUCCGGGCCGAGAAACUCCUGAGCUGCAGGUUCAUGAGCAGGGUAUCCAGCCGGAGGAGAGGACUCCAGUCAGUUUUCAGGCGCGGGCCCCGGAGUCGCCCAUCUCAGAACCGAGCCCAGUCCCCACGCCCUCUAGCCCAAGCCCCAGCCCCAAGAGCCCAGUCCAGGGCUUGGCAGCCGGUGAUAGGACUCCCAGCGAGGAGAUGAGCCCUACCGCGUCGGCUGCUGGGGAGGGCCCUGAGGAUCAGGGUCCUCUCUCUAGGACAGCAGAGGCCUUGGAGACGUGUCCGGGGGUGGGGGAAGAAAGCCCCAGUGGGGAGGGAAGGACGGCUGAAGAGGCCUCGCAGCCUCCCACAGGGGAGGAGCAUAAGAGGACUACCGCCGAGGGGGAGGGGGCCGAACCCGAAAGGACUACAUGGAUGUCCGAGCAGGUUAGGACGUUCAGCUCCGAGGACGUAGAAAUGCAGGAGCAGCAGCAACCAGGGACAGUGGAGGAGACAACAGCUGAUCAGGUAACUAGCGGGGAGGUGAAGGAGUCUUUGCUUAGAUGCCCAGAGCAACAAGGCCAAUGGGAUUGGGAACAACAGCAAGAGGGAAAACAAGACCAGCAGGGUGAACCAGAGCAUGGACAGCAGGAGCGAGAGGAAGACACUGAGGAGGAGAUGGAAGUGGACCUUGCCAAGUUCGAGAACGACUCCUCCAGCACAGAGAGUGAGUCAUUCCAUAUGGAUGCCCAGCACGGUAAACCAGCGGGUGAGUUGACCAGCCAGGUGGGCGUUUGCGAGGUACCAAAGACCCUCGCGGGGGAUGAUUCAGACGAGGGCUUCAGCACCAUGACCCCCGACCAAGGGUCGGCUGAGCCCCAAACUCGGCCCCGGGGCCUUGACCAAAACCCAACUGACCCCCGCAACGUUUACCACUCAUCCUCAGAGCCCAAAUUCUUAGUUGAACCUUUGGGUAAUAGUAAUGACAGUGAUGUAGGGAUAGUUGACUCGUCAAGUGGCCAGGGGACAGAAGGAUCCCCGGCCGAAUCUUACCAGGUCGUAGGUGUCAAUAAUAGGGAAGACAAUGCCACGACUUCCCCUCAGUCCCAAAAAGUUAGUAACAGUACAUUUCAGGACCAGGUAACUCAUAGUGGGGCAGCGCCUGAAAGCCCCAUCUCGGGCAAGGCAGCUCAGCCCACUCUGUUCCCAGAGGUCAAAGUGACCGCCAAAAAGCUGCCCCACAACUGUAGUCUGUCGGUUGUGGAUUACGACACGGGUAGCAGCGACGACGAGGACUCAACGGCAGAUGUCGACUCGUCUGAAGAGCCGCCCUGCCCGGAAAACCAAGCCCCACCCCAGGCAACGAACCACUCCCCAUUGGACCAGUCGCCCGAGUCCCCGCGGCCCACCCUGUUGCCCGGAAAUAGUCCGUCGGCAAGUCCUGUCAACGACGUUGGCAAGAUGGAGAGCGGAGUCCCUCCAAUGAAGACAAUCCCGUCCCAAGUGCCAUCGGCUGAUGGGGACUCUGAUGCCGGGGUUCUGACCAAACCGAUGGAGCCCAGGGACUCGGUUUGCAUCGAGGAGAACGGGACAGGAUUGGUUCAUGACCGCGAGCAAGUGGCCACAGGCACUGAGUAAGAGGAACUCAGUCCAUUAAAACUGUAUCAAUACAUCCAAAAUUUGUCGAAAGAUUUUUUUUGGUGGAAAAUAGCAGAAAAGAGUGUGUUGUGAACAAGUUGAAAUUUGAAAUUGAAUUUCUGUAUUUGAAUACUUUUUGUUACGAAAGGUACAGUAAUGUUAGAAUUUGAAUUCAUGAUUGUUUCACCGUUGUAACAUGUCUCCGACAAAUCAAUGUGUCCAUACUGUACUUUUUUUUUUAGAUCUUAAGUCAAGUCUAUUUCUCUUAUGUGCACAUAUGUGUUGUCAACUUCUAACGCAGAUCUUGGACGAGUGAUUAGAUGGUGUGAAUUGCAACUAAUGGAAACCUUCAAAAUACUCCAUAGAAUUUUUGCAUUGAAACUUACAAGCAGUCUGUGCUUCUAAACUGUGGGCCAAAUUGCAUUUCUUAACCUUACCGUCUCACAGCCAAAAUGAGCUUCCCCCCAAGAUCUGUGCAUUGGCGUUUUCUGAAACUUCGACUUGCAUUAUGAGUACAUGUGCCAUGUUUCCAUUCAUUCUGACGUAGAGUUUUGUUAACAAAUUAAGCCAUCACACCUGUCAACUUUUAGCCCUGACUACAUGUCAAUGGGAAAAAUUUAACCUUUUUUGCGGACCUGUCAGAAGAAUUGGCAAUUUGCAAGAAGAGUCGGUUCAACUUUCCUGAAACUGGUGUCAACAUUUUUUUUUAGAUAUUACUGGAAAAGUCUGGAAGGCUUGGAACAAGAAAAAAGUUCACAUGCUUUGAAAUGAUCUCGGAAAAAAAACAUCAAGAGAAAGGAUUGUAGUUUAGGCUAAAACACAUCUCUCUCCCUUUCUCUAAGAACUCUAACAGUGUCUAAGCCUACGGCGUGCCUCGUGUGGUUCUAUACUUUUAAAGUUUGCUGGCCAGCCGGAUUCGCUGACAACCUCCACACCAAGUUGGAGGAUGCGGCAACCCUGUUUACACAUAUGAAAGACUUGGAAUGAAGUGACGGCGAUCAUGUUCACUUGGUUAGCAGCAUAUCAGCUUGGCAUUCCUUAAGAACUUGCGGUUGUUCAACCAAGCCCGGGGCAAACAUUGAAGUAAUCUCAAAGGUGCAGUUGAACCGGGCUGCCCUAAUUUAGUACCCAUGUCUUUUCCCGAGGUUGGCUAAACACGGCCUCGACCAAAUUUUCACCCAAUCGCUUGGUUUAGAUUUCUUUAUUUGUGUGGAAUUUCUUUCAGUUCCAUGGCUCUGAAAAAUCUCUCUGUCGAAAAUCCAAGCCUACUGUAUGUGUACAAUGAUGAAAAUAAAAUUUCCUGACAAUGCAACAAGCGUAAA